AUGAGAGAGAAAUAUCUGUUGGCCGGAAUUAUCGUCUUUUCUGUUCUUUCUGUUAUGUUCCACUGUUUUUUGUUCUUCCUCGGUUUCGACUGGAUCAGCCCCACCGAUGCUGCUGGUCUCCAAUUCGAUCCUCAAACUCCCAAACCCUUCUUUUCCAAUUCAUCCCUCAUCAAAGAAUCCGUCCAGGGCGAUGUCAACCUUCUCCCAUCCCUUCUCUCGCUCCACCACGCCGUUUUCGUUCUUUUGUACAGUCACAAAAUCGCCAGGAGUAAAUACGCAGCGAGCGCGUACGAUGAAACUUCGAGAAAAUUUGGGAACUUCGGAGAAAUAGGAUGGCUGGCUGUUAAUUGCGCCCAUAACUGUGGGGCGCAGAUAAAACAUGAAUUCCUCCCGCAAGUCCAUUUCUACCAGAAAGAAAAGACCUCUUCUUCGCCGAAUUUCUUCAUGUUCACUGGCGAUAUAACCGACUCGACCGCUCUCUCAAGCUUCGUUUCCUCCCUUCUUUACCCGAUCAACUUCAUUUCUUCAAAGGCCGACUUCAACGAGCAUCGGAAAAACUCUUCUCCAUAUUUUCACACUGGCGAACUCUUCAUCAAACCCUCCAGAAGCCUUCUUCAAUCGGAUGAGCUGCUGGAAAAAGCAAACCAAGAAGCAAGAAAGCUUAAGAACCUCUCUGGGAUCAAGACGAACUUUCUUCUCUUUGAUCAAAAACGAGAAGAUGAAUCGAGGGGCAUCUUCCACUCUCAUUUCCCGGUCCAAUUCCAAACCGAUUUGCCGGUCAAUUCCAUCCAUAACUUUGCGCCAAAUCACGCACAAAACUCGAUCAUCCGAUACGCUGAAAAUGGCUUCCACGCCUGGAAAAACAACAACAUCUGGAAGUCCUCUCCUGCCAAGAUCUUCGAGUCUGGUAGAUUGCUGCUUUUUAUCGAGUCUAAAAUGGACGGUCUUGAUUUCGACAGAAUCAACGAAGAGAUAAGAAAGCUUUCGGAAUGCAAAACGAGGGAUUUUUCGUUGUCGAAGGAUUGUUUCGCGACGGAAAUUCCAAAUGACGAUUUCAAUUACAAAAAGCCAAAUGGUUGCGAAUCGUUCGUUCCUGCUGAUUUUUGGAAGAGAGAUAUAGAAAUAUGCUGUUACGAUCAAUUCCAUUUCCUCGAGGAUGAAAACGCACUCUGCUCAAGAACUUUCAACGGAACUUUUGGCGCUCUUUCACUUCCAGAACCUUACAAAAUCGUCUUUUCUCGCCUUGGUUUCGACCCAGAACAAAAAGAGCCCCUCUUUAUCGAUUUCAAAUCAGAAGAAGCGAUUCAAAAGCUCCUGAAGAAAGCUUGUUCGAUUUUCUAG